AUGUCUUCCCACCUUACUUCUGAGCGGCUCUCCGGCCCUGCCGCCUGGGACAAAACCGCCGGCAGGAGCCAGGCGCAGGAAGCGAUCUCUCACACAAAGCUUUCUGCGGAUGAUGAGUGGAACUUGCAGCAGGAGAGGAUGUACAAGAUGCACCGGGGCCAUGAGUCCACGCACGUGGAGAUGAUCUUGAUCUUCCUCUGCACCCUGGUCAUCGCCCAGAUAGUGCUGGUACAGUGGAAACGGAGGCAUGGCCAGUCCUACAACCUGGUGACACUGUUGCAGAUGUGGGUUGUCCCUCUCUAUUUCACAAUAAAGCUUUACUGGUGGCGGUUUCUGUCUAUGUGGGGAAUGUUCUCCGUUAUUACCAGUUACAUCCUCUUCAAAGCUACCCGAAAACCGCUCUCAGGGAGAACACCAAGAUUGGUCUACAAAUGGUUUCUUCUAAUCUACAAACUCAGCUAUGCAUUUGGUGUUGUGGGUUAUUUGGCUAUCAUGUUUACAAUGUGUGGAUUCAAUUUAUUUUUCCGAAUCAAGGCUAGAGAUUCCAUGGAUUUUGGCAUCGUAUCCUUGUUCUAUGGCCUCUACUAUGGUGUAAUGGGGAGAGACUUUGCAGAGAUCUGCUCGGAUUACAUGGCCUCUACGAUAGGGAAACUAUUUGGGAAAUGGAAGAAGAAAGAGAGAAAGACACUUUCCCUCCAAGUUCUUUGGUGGACUGUCCCAGAAGCAAAUGACCAAACCAUGAGGAUAAUAUACGAGUAUCAUUCAAGUCAUGGAAACUAUCUAAGUGUCCUUCAAUGGGUGAAUGGAUAAAGAAGGUGUGGCAUCUAUAUGUAUAAUGACAUACUACUCAGCCAUUAAAAGGAAUGAAAUCUUGCCAUUUGUGACAACAUGGAUGGACCUUA